AACACGUCACUGUCUCCGCCCUCUACACACACACACCAAGGAAAGCGGGAUGUUUCAUCAGCAUAUGUGAAGUCAACGGUAUUUUAUCGUGCGGUAGCUAGGUCCUCCGAACACUUCAGAGUGAAGAGCAACGGAUCUCACCUGCUCCAUUUCAACUCGUGACGCAUUUUCACCGCUCUGAUCAGGAACUCCCUCAGCUUCGCAGCCCCGGCUCCAGCUCCCUCCACAGACAACCAUGGUAGAAAAGAUGGCCUCAUUCGGCCGGAUCCUGCUGCGACGCAGGGCACUGGACUGCUCCGAUGAGGGAACCCGCUUCGCCCGCUGCCUCUCCACACUGGACCUGGUGGCCCUGGGGGUGGGCUCCACGUUAGGGGCAGGGGUGUAUGUCCUGGCUGGAGAAGUGGCCAGGGAGAAGGCUGGUCCUGCCAUCGUACUCUGCUUCCUCAUCGCUGCACUCUCCUCCAUGCUGGCCGGACUCUGUUACGCAGAGUUUGGCGCCCGCGUACCCAAGACGGGUUCGGCGUACCUGUACAGCUAUGUGACGGUUGGUGAGAUCUGGGCCUUCAUCACGGGAUGGAACCUCAUCCUCUCCUAUGUCAUCGGUACAGCCAGUGUGGCCCGAGCCUGGAGUUCUACGUUUGAUAAUCUGGUGGAGCAGAAGAUAUCGGUCUUCUUCAGGUCUUCCAUGGCCAUGGAGGUCCGGGGGGGUGUGCUGGCUGAAUACCCUGACCUGUUUGCACUCAUUCUCGUGCUCUUAUUAACUGGGCUGCUGGCAUUUGGAGUGAGUGAGUCUGCCCUGGUCAAUAAGGUUUUCACUGGGAUCAACCUGGUGGUGUUGGGCUUCAUCAUCAUCUCAGGCUUUGUUAAGGGAGACACAGACAAUUGGAACCUCACCCUGGACAACUUUGUUAACACCUACACCAACAUUAACACCGACACCAACGGCACCAACACCUCCAGCAUAUCCCAAGAGGUUGUGGAUAAGACGUUUGGCUCAGGUGGUUUUGCUCCUUUUGGCCUCAGCGGCAUCCUGUCUGGUGCUGCUACCUGUUUCUACGCCUUUGUGGGUUUUGACUGCAUCGCCACCACCAGUGAAGAGGCUAAGAACCCCAUGCGUUCCAUCCCUGUGGGUAUCGUGGCCUCUCUACUCAUCUGUUUCUUCGCCUACUUCGGGGUGUCUGCGGCCCUCACUCUCAUGAUGCCCUACUACCUGCUGAACAGAGAGAGCCCCCUGCCAGAGGCCUUCAGCUACGUGGGCUGGGCUCCUGCUCGCUACAUUGUGUCUGUGGGUUCCCUCUGUGCUCUCUCCACCAGCCUGCUUGGGUCCAUGUUCCCCAUGCCGAGGGUUAUCUAUGCCAUGGCUGAGGAUGGACUCCUGUUCCGUGGCCUGUCACGCAUGAACACUCGCACCAAGACCCCCCUGAUGGCUACCAUCGUCUCUGGCUGUGUGGCAUCUCUGAUGGCCUUCCUCUUUGACCUGGCUGCCCUGGUUGACCUCAUGUCCAUAGGGACACUGCUGGCCUACUCACUAGUGGCCAUCUGUGUGCUCAUCCUCAGGUACCAGCCCGGCACCCUGAGCUCAUCCAGUCAGACUGAGAAGCUGGUGGAGUUGGUUGGAGGGGAGAAGGUGGCCCGGGGGGACAGUGGCGAUGAGUACGAUCUGGAGGAUCGACCCCUCAGGGAGAAGUUCACCCCCCGCCGCCUCCUCUUCCCCAGCAGUGCCUUACCCACCAAGACCUCCGGGAACAUAGUCUAUGUCACCACGGCCAUUAUCUCGGUGCUCAUCACUGUGCUGUGUGUGGUGCUGGCGGGGAAGCUGGAUGAGUUGAUCAAGGUUCAGCCUGUGUGGGUCACAGUAUGUGUAGUCCUGUCCUUGCUCUGUACCCUUUGUGUCAUAAUCAUCUGGAGGCAACCAGAGAGCAAGGAAGCCCUCACCUUCAAGGUGCCCCUGCUGCCUUGGCUGCCUCUGUUCAGUGUCUUUGUAAACAUCUACCUCAUGAUGCAGCUGGACCUGGCUACGUGGUGCCGCUUCGCUGUGUGGAUGGCCAUUGGAUUCACAAUCUACUUCUUUUAUGGGAUCUGGCACAGCAGUGCGGCAGCCAGCAACACCCCCCGGAAAUAUGAGCCUGCCCUCCAGACCAAGAAGAAGCCUAUCUACCUGGGGGGAGACGAGAGUGAGGUGGAGGGGAUGAGCCCCUGAACGGCUAGGGGCUGGAGGAAACCCCACACAUUAUACCUCUGCAGUGAAGGCAGACAAUUCACCUGACUGACACUGCAAUGCGUCUCUCUGGUGUUGUCUUUCAUUUUUGGGAUAUCUCUGUUUUAAGCUUUAUUGGACAGUUGAAGAGUAAUAUUUUUAACACUCGAAACAUUAACAUUACUAGUGAUUUUAUUUAUUAGAAGUUAGUCUCUUCCAAGUUGGUGUUGUUGGCUGUGGCCGUGCCUCUAAUUGUUAGCCCCUGAUCUCCUGCAGCGAUAUGAACUACAGCUGUACAGGAGUGUUGGUUAGGGCCGUGUGUAAACAGGGUACCAGUGUGUCUGUGGGGUUUACAAUCUUGGUCAGAGCCUCGGUGCACUUGGGUCAACAGCACAGAGUUAGUGGAUCAAGGCCUAAUGCAGGCGUUUUGGGGAUCGCUAGUGUAGACAAACUGUCCUCCGUCACCUGUCACACAGCAACAUAUUUAACAGUAAGGCCUUGUGGCAGAAACUAGUAUUUAUUGUUGGUAUCAGCUUGUUCCGUAAGAUGGAAAUAUCACCACCGAGACAUGGAACUAAAUAUCCUAAAAUGCUAAAAGCAUUUAUGAACAAUCUGUUGCCAGUGAUGUCUGUGUCAUUUAUAAUGAAUUUUAAAAUGUUUUUAAACAUAUGGUAAAAUAGUCAAAGUAAUUCUGUAAGUUAUCCUCUUCAUGGUGGUUAGCCCCUGUGUUACUGAAGCAGUAUAUGCACGAGGUUCAUCCAAAUAAUAAAUGGUGAUGUAGCUAUACCUUGACGGGUGAUGGAACGACAUCCUGGCACCGCUACAAUUAGCUGGCUGUUGCAUCAUCUUCAUUUGAUAUAUUUUGGGAUGGGCUGUCCUGUACUCUUGUACCCCCACCCUUCAUGUAUCGCUGUUUAUCUUUCUGGAGUUUUGCUUUACAAAUCAGAACUACCCUUUUUAUAUGGACAUACUUGAGUUUGAGAUCUCUGCCUCGAAUGCUUGAGCUGUCUCCUACAGAUGUUUAACAAAUACCAAUACCCUGAGGGUCUAUAGUAUACAGUGCUCUGUAUUGAGUCUUAAAGGCAGUGAUUUUAGUCCUGGUCAUGCAAUACCACUGAUGUAACUUUAGUUGUAGCUUCUUGUGAAAACAUGUUCACAAACAUUUUUAGUUUCCGUUGAAACUUGUUCUUGGCAGAUUGGCUGUUGAGUUUGCAUCAUUUUAUCUAUUCAUUCUAUUCUGUAGAAUUGUUUUUUUUAUAUAUAUGUAAUGUAGUUUAGUUCUGUUAUGCAUUUCAAAUGACUUUAAUCAAGUAAUGUGCUUUAUAAAUGUGUUUAUUCUAUUCUUACAUGUACAGUUUUUAAAGUACUCUUGAUAACC